CCAUUUCUAAUUUCUUUGAUCCAUUCGCUUCAUACGCAACAGCACGUGUUUUUUUGGAUUUCCGAACAAAUCAAAUAAGUGAAAAGUGCUAUAAUAAUUUUUUGUCAAAAAAAAAAUGGCAGCAAACGAUCAAUUAAUUGCUGCAUUAGUUUUAGACUAUCUUGUGAAAAAAGAUAAAACACUUGCUCAAGUUUAUCAACAAAAAACAAAAGCUGUAAACCUUCCAAAAGGAUGUCCCAAAAUUGACGAAAUUCUUAAACACUAUCAAGCUACUUCUGACAAAAAAAUACCCGCUCUAAAAGGUAAAGCCGAUAGCUCGAGCGAUGACAGUAGUUCUGACGAUGAUGAAGCUCCAAAGAAACCGGUAAUUGCAAAUGGAAAACCUGCUGCAGUUAAAAAAGCAGCAGCUGCUAAGAAAGAAUCAUCCUCAGAAGAUAGUAGCGAUGAGGAAGAGAAGAAACCACCAGCAAAGAAAGCAGCAACUCCUGCUAAGCCUGCUGCAGCUAAGAAAGCAGCAUCUUCAAGUGAUGACAGUAGUUCAGAAGAAGAAGCACCUAAACCUGCUGCUAAACCUGCAGCUACACCCAAACCAACACCGGUGAAAAAAGCUGCUGCUUCUUCGAGUGACAGCGAUGAUAGCGAUGAGGAUGUUGAGAUGCCAGCUGCAAAGACUCCAAGUAAGCCGGCUCCAGCCGCUGCUAAGAAAGAGUCAUCGUCAGAUGACAGCAGCGAUGAGGAUGAAAAACCUGCAGCAAAGAAAGCAGCGACUCCCGCUAAGCCUGCAGCUGCAGCCAAGAAAGCAGCAUCUUCAAGUGACGAUAGUAGUUCGGACGAAGAAGCCGCCGCAAAGCCUCCAGCCAAGGCUGCUGCCGCUAAAACUCCUGUGAAAGCGACUCCCGCAAAGAAGGCCGCCGACACAGAAGACUCGUCAGAUGACUCCUCAGAUGAGGAUGAGAAACCAGCUGCAAAGAAGCCUGUUGUAGCUGCCAAAUCUCCAGCUGCUAAGAAAGCAGCUUCUUCCAGUGAUGAUUCUUCAAGCGAAGAAGAGGAAGUGAAAAAACCAGCUCCAGCAAAGACUCCAGUCAAAGCUGCUCCAGCCGCAAAGAAGAAGGAAUCCAGCAGCGACGAUAGUAGCUCUGAGGAGGAAAAGAAACCAGCUGCCAAGCCAGUUGUAAAAACACCAACUGCUGCUGCCAAGAAACAAGAAUCUAGCAGUGAUGAUAGCUCUGAUGAGGAAGAAACUAAAGCUGCUGUACCAGCGAAAAAGACUCCUGCUAAACCAACUCCAGCAAAGAAGGCCGCAUCCAGCAGUGAUGAUAGCUCCGAUGAUGAAACUCCUGCUGUCACAACAGCUGUUAAAAAGACAGUUACUCCAGCACCUAAAAAGAAGGCCGAUUCAAGUUCUGAUGAUGAUUCUUCGGAUUCGGAGCAACAGCCACCAGCAAAGAAGGCUGCUGUUAGUAAAGCAAAGGAAUCUAGUGACGAUAGUUCAUCAGAUGAAGAUGACAAGCCACAAGCAGCACCAAUUAAGAAGCAAGCAGCCAAGAAGGCUUCCUCAAGUGACGAUGAUGAUGAAGAAGAGAAGAAGGAAGCUCCCAAAGCCGGAAAGAAACGCAAAUUUAGUGAAUCUUCAGCCGCUGAAAAGCCAAAGUAUAGUAACUUUGUUAAGGGCGGAAAUACUGGAAAUGCGGAUGAGGCAAAUGAGAAUGGUAAUGAAGGUAAUAACGGCAAAGACUGGAAGAAUAAGAAUGGUGGUGGAUUUAGAGGUGGAAACCGUGGUGGCGAUCGCGGUAGAGGCCGUGGAGGUGGUGACGGCGGAUUUAAGAAGUUUGGUGGCAGAGGAGGCGGAGGUGAUGGUGGCGGUUUCCGCAAAUCAUUUGGAGGACAUGGCAAUAAUGAAGGAGGCGGCGAAGGUGGUGAAGGCCGCAAAUCAUUCGGUGGUGGAUUUGGUGGACGAGGUGGUGGCGGCGGUCGUGGUCGCGGUGGUGGUGACCGUGGAGGUGGCCGCGGCCGUGGUGGAUUUGGAGGUGAAGGACGUGGACGUGGUGGCGGUGGUGGCCGUGGACGAGGCGGUUUUGACGGUGGACGCGGCCGAGGCGGUGGUGGAGGUGGUUUUAACAAAUCCUUUGGCAACAAAAGUUUCGAUAGUCCCGCCCAAAAUAAAAAGAUUUCAUUUGACGAUUAGGCAGAAAGUUGCGAAUUUUAGUUGUUUCAUGUAAAUUAAGAAUGAUUUAAUAG